UGAAAUUCUAAACACACAUUGAAACAAUUAAAUACCGUAAUUUUUAAGAUUUCCCUAGAACCCCUUUCCCCAGAAGGGCUUCCUACCCCCACUGGGUGAGUACUUUUAAAAAUUUAGGUAAUCCAUCUUUAGUUUUGCUGCUUUGGAAUGCUGCUGGUGCAACAGUUUGCUUCUGUGAGUUAUAUAAAAAUUUGGAUCUAAAGCAUGAGAUUUGACUCUCUAGUUUUAAGUAUUCAUCUCGUUACAGACUGGUCUCGCAUAACUCAGCAAUAUGCAGUGUUUUGUAAUUUGUCAGAUGGUAAUAAAAACAUUAAAUACUGCAGUAUAUAAGAAAGUUAAAGUUUCUUGAACCCCAGUAACAAUAAAAUUAUUGCUUAUAUCUAACUGGAAGUUCUUAUAGGCUAAUUCUAGAGACAUGGAAAAUUUUCCUCUCUUUGUAUAUGAAGUUCUUUUCACUUAUUUUUGAUUAACAAAAGUGCUGAAGUGACUGUAUGGUAACUUUUCUUGGAAAUAAAAUGUCAUUAAAAUUUAUAAGGUUCAGCAUAGCAUCUGGAUCUGUCCAAGUAUUAAUUGUUAUUUUAUUCUAAAUUCCAGUGGUGAAAAAGAUUGAAAGCAAGACUGACUUGUUGGCAACAGAACUUCCAUUAAUCCUCUUUGUUCCUUUAGGACAAAGCCAUAUGGAGACUUGUUUAUGAUAGAGGGCUUUGCUGGUAGAAGAAAGGCAUCACUUAGGCAGUAGUUUUGAUGAUAAAAUUAAGAGAUAUUUCGUGGAAUGUCUGUGGAUUAUACUGUGUCACUUCUGUCUUGUGAUGCAAGUUUUUUAACAUCGCUGUUAAUAUGCCAAUGGAUUCCUAGAUAUUUUUGGAUUCACAAAGGAUUUAUAUCAUCUGAAGGGUGUAACAAUGUGGGGGUAAAAGGCCAUCCUAAGAACUUCAUGUGUCUCCUUUUCGUGCUAUUUCAGCAUUCCUUAAUUCUCUGGCCAACAUUUAAUUUUCUGCACUGGAAGAUAAGAAAGAAACGGCAGCAUUUUCGUAUAUUACAGUGAUUAAUUAAUACUUUAUUAAUCACACUAUGUCAUGUAGCUGAACUUUCUGUUGUCCCAAAAAAUAAAUGUGUUUGGAUUUAUGAAUAUCACUCAUAGGAAUGUCUCUAUUUUAAGAAGUAAUUUCUCUUAGGACAAUGAUUGAAAGAAGUCUAAGAGAUUGGCAGGUAACACUGAAAUGACUCCAUAAUCCCCAGCACCUCAUUUUAGGGUCCCAUUCAGAAUGUGAAGGGUGGCAUUCCUUACCUACCAGUUGAUGCCUUAAGCUUUGACCUGACUUAAAAUGAACAAACAAUUUAAAAAAACCCCACAAAACAAAAACAAAUAAACAAAACUCAAAAGCAAAAAAAAAAAAAAAAAAACCAAAAAAAACCCAAAAAAAAACCAAAAAAAAAAACCAAAAACACAUAAAAAAAAUCCUCAGAUCCUUCUCCCACAUCCACUUGGAAAUAUGGCCAUAGCCCAAAAGAUUGCUGAAGACAAUUUAAAACUAGAGUUUUAAAAGCUCAUACAUUCUGCAUGCAUUAAAUACAAUUGGAGCUAGCUACUGCAUAUCCAAAUAAGCCAUAUUUUGUGCAUGUAUUAAAAGUGGCAUAAUGUUAAACUUGAAGGUUUUGAUUGUCCUCUGAGGAAUUCAGUUGAGAUAGGAGCAUUUACAGUAAUACACGAGUUGGUAAUUCCAAUGAAUCUGUCAUUACUUUUGCCAUCAUUUUAUAUUAUGUUUUAUAGUUCAUUCUAGUCUCACAGUUUACAUUGCAGAUGGAGAAGCAUUUGAAUUUUGUUAUUCCUUGGUAAGCCAUGCCUGUUUCAGCUGAUGAAACUGUGGGGAACCUGUCUGUGAGAGAUACAGUCCUUACUCCAGCUGGAAUUGAAGAAUUACAAGAAUCAUCAUCUACACAGAAUGUAAAAGCUCGACAACUCAUAUCAAGAAUCAGUCGAGAGGAACUGGAAGACAGAUUUCUUCGUCUACAUGAUGACCACAUCCUACUCAAACAGCAUGCCAAUAAGCAAGAGAAGAAAAUUAAAAGAACAACCACCAAGUUAAUGCGGCUUGUUAAUGAUAAAAGAAAAUGUGACCAGGCUGGCUCUGGACCCAAGCAGCUGGGUCAGGCUCUGGAGCUGGAAGAAAUGAUUGAGCAUUUGCAAGAAAAAGUUCGUGAGCUUGAGAAACAAAAUGAGAGCCUCCACAACAAACUCAUUUCAACUAAACAGCAGCUCCAGAUUCAAGGCCAUAGGCCUUGUCAGUACAGCUCCGUUCAAGCUCGUGUGAACACUGGUCUCAGAAAAGAGAGUGAGACUGCUGGCAUGCCAGAGCACACCAAGAAGGGAAUGAGAUUUCAAAGUUUAGAAGUGAGAUCAUCUGAUCUUGUGCUCCCCAAAUAUGGACAGAGUCUGCUCAAGGAUUCAAGGGCUGAAAUCAGAAAUUUGGAGACUGUCAUUGAGUCCCAAAAGAACCAAAUUGAGGAACUAGACCGUGCCAGAGAGUUUCUUGGGAGUCAACUAAGAAAGAAAGAAAAGGAAAUUGAAGAAUCCACCCUACGGCUGAAAGAGCAGAGUACAGCAAGCCAAAGGCUAAACAUUCAGGACAAUGUGGAAAUGAUCAAGGUCCGUAAACAGCUGGCUGAGAAAAGCAAUGUUCUUUCAGCAAUGGAAGGAAAAUUUCUCCAGCUUGAAGAGAACCUAAAGAACUUGAAGGCCAACCAUGAUGCUUUAUUAGCAAAAGGUGAUGAACUGAAUGUUCAGCUUAAAGAGGAGCGGUUAAAGUGCUUCCAUCUUCAGAAAGAAUUGCAGUCGGUAACUAUUUCAAACAGAAGGACAGAAGAGUUACAGGAAAGAAUAAAUGAUCUAGAAAAAGAGAAUGAACUCUUGAAGGAAAACUAUGAUAAGCUGCAUAACAGUGUCUUCAGUCUACCCCAUGAACAGCAAUGGAAAUCAAAGGAACAGCAACUGAAACUGCAAAUUGCUAAACUAGAGACAGCUAUCAAAACUGAUUUAGCAGACAAAAAUGAAAUCCUUGACAAGAUCAAAGUAGAAAGAGACCAAAAGGAAAAGCUGAUGCAAGACAACAAAGACCUGCAGUUACGCUACCUGGAACAAAAACAACAACUAGAUGAUCUGAAAAAUCAAGUGAAGUUUUUAACCAAGGAAAGUGAUGUUGGUGUGGCAGAAGUCAAUGAAACCAUCUUCCUUGUAAAGGAUCGAAAGCAACAAAAGAAUGUGGACCUUCUGUUCUCGGAAAAAGUGGGAGAUGAUAUCCAUGAAGAUUUAGAACGCUCUUUGCAGGAGCUGCAGUUAACACAUGCGGAAACAGUGCAAGAACUUGAAAAGACAAGGAAUUUGUUACUUGUGCAGCACAAAAUUAGCAAAGAUUACCAGACUGAAGUAGAAACAAUGACAAGAAAAAUGGAAAGUCUACAGAAAGACUAUGAGUUAAAACUGGAACAGUAUACCCAUCUUCUUGAUAUUAGAGCUGCACGUAUCAGAAAACUAGAAGCCCAACUAAGAGACAUUGUGUACGAUACAAAACCACUUAAGUCCAGACGAGAAGUAUUGCCGAGUGAUCCAGAAAACAGCAUCAUGCUGGAGGUUCAUCGUGCGUAUGGCAUAGAUUAUGAAACAAUUGCUUCUUGUCAGCUUAAGUUCCAUGAAAUCUUGGAAAACGACGGCAAGAUCUACAACACAGCAAAUUUAGUUGGAAAAACAGGACACAUUAAAAAUUAUGGUACUGUAGAAUACUGGAUCAGGUUACAAGUUCCUAUGGACCAAGCUAUUAUUCCCUACAAACAGAGGUCAAAGGAUCUGGGAUAUAUAACACCCAGUUUUAGGGAGCACGAACAACCAUCCAAGACUCCAGCACUCAAAACGAAGCAGCAUGCAGCUCAAGCACACAAGAGAGUCUCUUUUCUGGAUGUUAGUGCAAUACAGAUGGCACAUGUGGUACAGGAUGCUGAACAACUGUCGGGUGACAAAGUGAAGGAGAUGGCUGAAGAAAUUCAGCAGGAAAAAGAAGAGCUCUCUCAUCUGUCAGAGGAGCAGUUGGCUGACCAAACAUUGACUACUUCUAAAGAUGAGACAGAAAUAAUUGAAGAAUUGGAACCAGAAGAUCAAGAAGAUCAUCAAGAGGAUGAUGCUGUUGAAUCAAUAAAAACUGACAGUGAUGACUGUAUUAUUUCAAGUCCAGUAUCCACAAAUAUUAAACAGCUGAGUCAGAGUAUACAUGGCAAUUAUUUGGAAGCUGAAAAAAUUCAGAUUAAAAUUACAUCACUCGGUCUUACUGAGUCACGAAUUACAGCAGAUGAGACAAUACAGCAGCUGUUUGUAGAAUGCAGAUUAAACCAUUUCCUUGCAGAGGAGACCCCACUGUCACUUCCAAAACCACCUGGUGGUCAGAGGAUUCACUACAACUAUAGCACUGUGAUAAAUGUGGAUAAGGAAAAUAAUCAUGUAGAAAGAGAGUAUCUCAAGUCAAUUCUUCUAAAGCCAGAUCUACCUGCUGACAGCCUAAAAUUUACAGUGGUCAGUGAUCCCCCAGAAGAUGAGCAGGAUCUUGAAUGUGAGGAUAUUGGGUUUGCUUAUGUCAGUUUAAAAGAGAUAUUCCAGAAGCAAAGAGAUAUCAUUGAGCAAGAUAUUGAUGUUUUCGAUUCACAAGACACCAGUGCAGUAAUUGGAAAGCUCACAGUGACAGUGGAAGCCCUCAGUGCGCUGCGUUCAGUCCAUCAGGAGUGCAAAAAUUAUUAGGAGGCAGGAAAGGGACAUUUGCCUAUUGAAGUUCUUGCUCCCAGUGUAAAAAUACACUUGAUGGUUCAUCAAAAAUGAGAUCUUUAUCAUUCUUACAGUAUAUUUAAUAUCAAAUGUAUAUGAAAAAGAUGCUUGAGGUAUAAAGUUUUGUACACUUUUCAGUCUGUCUGCUUUCUUUUAAGGUCCUUGAUGGAUCAUACUUCACGCUCUCAACACUUGAUAGUGUAACAAUCUGAAUUUGUUCCAAAGAAGUUUGGUUUCAAAUGCAAGCUUGCUUGCAAAUCAGAUACCAGUUGAGAGUAUUUUGUCUAAAGAAAUAAGUGAUGGUGAACCUUCAAACAGAAGUGCUUGUAGAUUCUUACUAAGAGUAGUUCUGUCACAAUACUCUGUCAGAAUGCAAUCAUUCCUUUUAGAAGUGACCUCAGGUAGUUUUUAGUGCAGGGUUAGGUAUUAUUUUAGGUAUUAUUUUAGGCCAUGUCACUCAGGGCUGUAUCCAGCCUCAACUGAAAACUUCCAAGGACAAGCACUGCUUAACUGCUCUCUGCACAACUUGUUCCAAUGCCUAACUGUUCUCAUAGUGGAAAAAGGAGAUGCAUUUCUACACAUUACUUCAAUCCAAAUCGAAGCCAAAGCUAGAUCUAAGCAUGUGGAGCAGCUUUUGCACUUAAUGCACCAUCUAAUAAUUUAAUUUGUUUUGUUUUUGUUUUAAUUUUAGGGAUGGCAUGUUUAUAAUUUGUUUCAUCCAUUUAACAUUUUGCACAGAAAUAAAAAUAACAAAGCAUUUUAGUGUUGAUUUUCAUGCUUUGUGGUAUACAAUCACAUUUUUAUCAUUUACAUUUAGUUUUGUGAAGCAGUUGACAAAAAAUAGCUGUUAUUGUUACCAAAGUGGUUUGCUCAGGUAAUGUUUCUGUAGGUUUCAGUGGUAAAAAUUUGUUAUGGUUUAUUCCUGGGUUUGGAGUUUUUUUAAUAUUAGGCUUAGAUUAUUUUAAGAGUAAGGAUAGCUGCAACAGUGCAAGACAGGUCUUCCACACAAUUAGCAAUUAUUUGUUUCACAUUUUUGUGGAACUGUCAUUCUUGUUAAAUGCAGAAUUAUUUCCAUAUGUAUUAAAGUCACAAGAACUGAACCAUUCUUGAAAAAAUGUUGCAAAAAUGUGGUCCUUCUAUUGCUACAAAAAAAAAAAUCAGUAAAGUAAACUCUCUUUUGCUUGUUAUAAACCA